AUGAAUAGAUCGAUUGAUCCACUGCAGAAAAGAGAUGAGUCGGCGACAAACACGGGAAAAGUGAGAGGAAGGAAGAGGGAGAAUUCGAGAAGAAGAAGAAGACGUCGGAUCGACGUCUUGGCCGACUUGGCUGCCUCCAAACGGGUUUCGGGCGGUUCACACAGGCUGCGAAAGUGUCGAAACACACAACGACAAUACGCCAUGCCCAGGUCUUGGUGCCAACCAAAAGUUCGGCAGUACCGACAAAGAGUACACCAAAAAAUAAGAAAAUUUGGCAUGGAUGCUUCACUUUUUGAGGCUGAUUCCUUCUAUUGAGAAUAAGAAGAGGAAAAAAAUAGUCUUUAAAAAAGAAAAGUAGCUUAAAGGUCCGAUGAAUAGAAAAUUUUUUUUGACAUCUGCUAGACAUAGAGAACUGAAUUUUAAAAAGUUAAAAAAAUGGGUGCUCCAUACCGUUUAUUACCCUGUCAUCAUUAUCUUAUUAUCGAUUCAUCGAAAAGACAAUUAGUUUCAUUGAUAGUUGUGCUAGAUCCUCAACUUGUCUGAAAAAACAUUCUCAGGGAAAAAAGGAGAACGAAACAAAAUCUACAUAACUGAAAAAAAAAAUUUCUUAACCUAUUUUUGACAGUACGCGGACGGAGCGAACCCGGUUUCUUUGCCAAUUAAAACUGAAGUCAAAACGAAACUGAGAAAUGACCAAACCUCACAGCGGAGAGUCGGACUGAAUUCAAUUAAAGUAUCGGUUACUGUGACUGACCGAAGGAACAUUGAAACCUCCUGACUUUUUGAGGCGGCUGUCUAUGUAAAGCUAAGAAGGGUUUUGUGUUUGCUGGGAGCAACCAAACGGCUCGAAAGCGCAACAAGCUUUCUAGGGACACGGUGUGUCUUUUGAGUGAAGGCAAAAGGGCGACCGUGUCUCGACGCCAAGUGCACAUACACACAACACACAAACAGAACAACCGUCGGCGGCUUCCGACCUCCGAGGCUCUCCCUACUCUCGGCACGCCGUUUUGCACGUCCAGAACCUCUUCAGCUGUUUAACACGCACCGUUCGUGCCAAAAACUAA